AUGCCUCUCGUCGAAAAAUCAUAUCCCGCCAUGAUGAGCGCAAUCAAAAGCUCCUCUGUCCCCAGAACUUCCUUCUUGGUCUUCUACUCUUCAAUCGUGGAUGGCAGGAUGUGGUGCCCGGACUGCGUUGACGUCGAGCCUUCUGUGCGCGAAGCCUUUGACAGCAAUGACAAGCCCGAAGCCAUGCUCUUCUACGUAGGCAAGAAAGAGGAGUGGCGUACACCUGAGAACGUGGCUCGUGUGGAUUGGAAAGUCAGUGGUAUACCUACCAUCAUCAAAUUGCAGGAGGGAAAGGAGAUUGCUCGUGUUACUGAGACGGAGAUUUUGGAUAGCGGCAACUGGCAGGCUUUCCUCAAGAACUAA